CGCGGCUCGCUGAUUGCAGGGCGGGCGCUGCCAGUCCGUCGCCUCCCCCGCGCCAGCCGCGUCCCAGCGCCGGAGCCGCACGGCCCAGCAGCGAGCGCCCAGCCCGGCCCGGCCCCGCCAGCCACCCCCCAUGGAGGAGCAGCCCCACCACCACCAUCACCACCAUUACUACUACUACGGCCACCACCACCACCACCACCCGCAGAGCGCCUACCUGCCGCCGCCCGACGGCCGAGCCCAGCCCAAGCCGCCGCUCCGACACGAGCACAAGCACGGCGGCCCGCAGCACCAGGAGGCGCCGAAGCGGAGAGCAGGCUAUGGAGAGCUAAAUGGUAACGCAGGAGAAAGAGAAGUGUCAUUAAAGGGCCUGUGCUCUGAUGAAACCACCACCCCAGGAUCCAGGGUACCCAAUGGCAGCCAGCAGCUCGUAGACACUAACGUGACCCCAAAGCAGACUGUGAAGGCCAGCGCUUUGGGGAAAGCUGGAAUCAAAACCAAGAACUUCAUUCAGAAAAAUAGCAUGGACAAAAAGAAUGAGAAGUCCUAUGAAAAUAAACUUAGAGAAGGCCAGUCCUCAGACAAGCCGGAGGGAGUGUCUAUUCCAAACGGUGUGGUAACCAAUAAUUCUAGCUAUAUCACGAAUGGCUACGUAGGCAAAGGGGCUGAUAACGAUGGUAGCGGCUCUGAGAGUGGAUAUACUACGCCUAAAAAACGGAAAGGCAGGCGCAACAGUGCCAAGGGCUGUGAGAACUUGAAUCUAGUACAGGACAAAAUAAUGCAACAGGAGGUCAGUGCACCAACCUUAAAACAGGAACUUGAGAGUUUCAAGCCUGAUUAUAGUGAACAAAAGGGGAACCGAAUUGAAAAUACUAAGCCUGUUUGGAAAUACGAGGCUGGGGCUGGUGGAGCAGGCCGGGGAAAGCCUGGGCUUGGGGAUGUACAGCGAAAAAACUCUGAUGCCAAACCUGGGAUUAGCAGCAAGAAGUUUGAUGACCGGCCCAAAGGGAAGCAUGCAUCGUCGGCUACGUCUAAAGAGGAUUCAUGGACCUUAUUUAAACCACCCCCAGUUUUUCCAGUGGACAAUAGCAGUGCUAAAAUUGUUCCCAAAAUAAGUUAUGCAAGUAAAGUUAAAGAAAACCUCAACAAAGCAGCUCAAGCCCCAUCCACAUCGUCUUCAUCAUCUUCGUCAUCUGCUGGGGAAACUCAGGCCCAAACAUCAAGUCGAUUGUCCCAAGUCCCCAUGUCUGCUAUGAAAUCUGUUACUUCUGCUAGCUUCUCGAAUGGGCCAAUUCUAGCAGGGACUGAUGGAAAUGUGUAUUCUCCAGGGACCCAGCCACUGCUCUCAACUGCUGCUAGUACUGUAUCAUCCACCUCCUCCGAGUCAGCACCCCAGGACAUGAGUACAACUUCGACAGCUCUCGAACAAAAGAAAUCUAGCCUUUUUAUCUACCCUUCAAAUAUGCAAACUGUGCUUCUGGGUACAGCGCAAGUCGAUUUCCCAUCACAGGCAAAUCAGCAGAACCUGGGAGAUAUUUUCCAGAAUCAGUGGGGCUUGUCUUUCAUAAACGAGCCCAGCGCUGGCCCCGAAACUGUUGUGGGGAAAUCUGCGGAUAAUCAGUUAAUGGAAGUGACAUUUCAGGGGGAAUAUCCUGCCACUUUGGUUUCACAGUGUGCUGAAAUCAUUCCCUCAGGAACUGAACAACCUGUGUUUCCUAAGGCUUAUGAGCUGGAUAAACGGACUAGCCCUCAAAUUCUUAGUGCUAUUCUUAAGCCUGGGACUGCUGUUGAGGGUGGUGUCUUAGCUUUGGAGUCGCAUCACACAGGUGACCUACAAAAGGCAGACACCGGUAGCCAAGGUGCUUUAGUGUUUCUUUCAAAAGACUAUGAAAUAGAGAAUCCUCUGGCCUCUCCUACGAACAAUUUGCUAGCCUCCGCCAAAGAACAGAGGUACCAGAGAGGCCUAGAAAGGAAAGAUAGCUGGGGUUCUUUUGACCUGAGGGCUGCUAUUAUGUAUCACACUAAAGAAAUGGAAUCGGUUUGGAAUUUGCAGAAGCAAGAUCCCACAAGGAUAAUCACUUACGAUGAAGCCAUGGAUCGCCCGGAUCAAUGAAGGUAGCAAGACGAGACUGCCUGUUAUAACCUUUCUGCAGCAUUUGUGCUGUUCGUGGGGGACAAAAGGCUUUUAUGCUCCUUCUAAAUCUUCAGUGCAGCAGAGGAACCAUAACUAGAAUCACAGGAUAAUAUAUACAAAUAUAUAUAUAGUUAUUUAAAAAUGGCAACUGAAAGUAAUUAGACUUCUUAAGGAAUCUGAAAAUUUAUUUCAACGAGACUACACACGUGAUUAUUUAAUCUCCGGUACUGAAUAGAUUUUUUUUGUUUUUUUGUUUUGUUUUUGUUUAAAGAGUGAAUGCAAGUGAUUAACGAAUACAGACUCAAUUUACAAGCCCGGUUCUAAAGUUUCUGCUGUCGUCUACACGGGCAACAGCAACCCACUGGAGAGGCAUUUCCACUUGACAAGGUUUCUGUUUCUUGUUCUGUGACUGUAGUGACACACUAAUCACAGGGACAUCAGGAUGAUUCACCAUCCUUCAUCUCCCCUUUCCCUUCCACCUCCCCAUUUUUAUUUUGUUUUUGGUUUGUUGUUUUUUCUGUUUUGUUUUCCAUUGAAUGCUGGAGAAACGCCUUGAAGUUUGCAGAGUUUCUUUUUUUUUCCAGAGAAUUAUAAUCCGCAUGUUUUGCCAGGAGUAAAGCAGCCAAUCCUAUGCUGGGGAUAUUGUCUUAAAGCAUCAUUCUUCUGGGGGAAAGAUGGUAAUACUGCAGUUCUAGGAUGCAUGGUGAAGUCACACAGUUGACCUGGCUCCGGUUACACGUUGGACUAUUGCAACUGAAGAGUUCUUUCAUUUUAAAAGACAACGUGCAAAAUUAAGCAAUCUGUUUAGGCAUUUAAUAUGGAAAAAAAAAACCCCAACAAAAACCCACUGUUCCCACAGUUUAAUGCCAUUGUAUUACUGGGAGCAAAAAAAAAAAAAAAGUAUCUUCUGCUUUCAACUGUAGGUGCUUCAUAUUUGCUCUGUCUGUCUCCUAACACUAAAUGUGCCGGAUUUUUUUCCCAUUUUCAUUGGAAAACUGAAGCAUUGAGUUCUGCUAACUUUCACCCUUCUUGAAUUAUUUUUUCUCUUUUAAAAAAAAAAUCAAAAGAAAAAAAAUGAAAAAAUGAAAAAAAAAAAAAAAAAAAGAAAAAAUGGGAAUUUGAAUCCUUUUCCAUUUGUCCGUAGAAUGCCAAUGGCUGGGCUCCCCGCACCUGCCUGUUGGAAAUCCUCUUUUAUAUUUUAAUGCAGUCUGUGUAUUUCUGGGCUCUGCUUCUAAUUAUCUCUUAAUAAAAAUAUAUUUUAUUACAAAAAUGGAGGACUUAGGAAUGAAAAUAAUAAUUUAAAAAUUUAAAAAAAAAAAAAAUCUCCCAAGGAAAGGAAAGCUUCCUAGCAGUGGUAGAGAAGGCUGAGCAGAGUGCAGGCUCCAGCUGUGUAACCCGCCCUGUCCCAUUGCAGCUUUUGUAGUGCGUCCAAAUCAUCUUGGGGUUGGGUAGUUUUUCUGGGGUUUUGGUUGUGGGUUUUUUGUUUUAAAGGUGGAAAGUUCACAGGGUCCAGUGUAAGAGCAAGCAACGAACGAAGCAAAAUGGGUUUUCUGACCUGCCCGAGCUCCAUGCGUACCCAGCGCUCAUCGUGGGUGUUUGUGGCUGAAUACUGGCUGAUAAAUGUCCGGGCAUCGAGGUCAGCAGCAGUUGGUGUCUCCAAAUGUUAGACUGGGCCCUAUGGGGCAUUACAGGAAGCAGAUAAGCCCAAAACUUUUGCCUACCCCUUGUUGCUGAGAUUUAUCCACUUCUUUUUUUUGUUAACUAGGAGUAUGUAGCAUGCAUUGUUUUAAUUGUUUUUAUUCUUUUAAUAAGAUUGUUCCUGAAUGAGACGCUUAGGUUCAUGGUGGGACAAUGAAACUUAAUUCUGUACCUUUUGUAAGAUUGCUAGCUUUCUGCCACGCUUAGUUUUAAAAGUUUGACUAUGGAUUGCCUACUCCAUUUUAUGUAUAAAAUACUAUAUAGUAUAAUACUGUAGUGUAAUACUAUAUAGUAAUCAUGUAUUGUAUCAGUCCAGGUUCAGAAAUGUGUGGUUGGCCAGUCGCAAAUAGUUCUGUUUCACCUAUAAACUGUACCACCUCUACGGGUGUGUGUAACUUGCAGAUGUAUAACAUGUUUACAGAUGUGCCCGACAUCUAGUCCUCCGAUGUUCCUAUUUUUAAUUCUGUUGAGUCUCCCAACUGCUUGCCAAAAGUCGGAAUCGCCUCCGGCUCCGCUGCGGAAGAGCUGGGGUGUUCCUGAGCUUUAAAGUGUUGAACAAACUGGAUGGUGGGACUGGGAAGACUAAAGUGGAAGAAAUGUUUUGGGUUGUUUUUUUUUUAAUUUUAUUAUUAUUUUCAAAAAGUUGAAGGCUAAUAGCAAAGUUUCCAGUUUGUUUUACUGGCUUUAAGGCUCUGCUGUGUAUUUAUUUGCCUUGUGUAGUCACUUGUCGCCUUAAGGGCUGGGUUCCAUUAAAAAAAAAAAAAAAGGAAAAAAAAAAAAGACAAAAACAAACCCUGUUUUGCUUACCUGGGGUCUGCGCUGUCCUGGUGCCCCAGAUCUGCCCUCGGGGCUGGCGCGCCGCAGAAGCUGAACAGCAAUAACCCAUGCUGAAUCUGACCCUGCGCCUUUAGAAAGAUCCGAGUCUUGCUGAAUAUUUGAGGACGCUCAUCUUGGCCUAGUCCAGUCCGUCUUCUAAAUAGCAAAAGAAAUUCUGAAAGAAGCACGGUUCAAGCGAUGGCUUGGGUUGGUUUUUCCCCUGAUGUUCGUCCCUACUGCUUUUCCUCGCUGCGCGUGGCCCCUUGCCGGUGGUACCCAUCCAGAGACCCUCUGCAGCUUCUCUGCUGUAUUUCUGACCAUCCUCUCUUCAAAUGUCUGUCUGUCUGUCUCCGUGAGCUCCACGGUGUGUGCUCAGCGCUAAGCAGUUAGGAAAUCCUCUCUCUGAGCUCCUGCAGCCAGCGCGGGCGGUGUUUUUGGGAUAGACUAUUGCCUAGAGCCAGGCAGGACCGUGGGAGAAACUUCCUCGUGCCGUUGUGUAACUCGCCCUGUCGCUGUCUGCAGUCCUCCCGAAGUCCUCACGCAAUUCUUUACUGAGCACUUAUUAAAAAUAUCUUAAGAUUUAACCUGUUUUCUGAUUAUUUUUGUGUAAACUUAUAAAAAAAGAAAAAGGAUAAAAAAAAACAACAAAUUGAGCUGUGACUAAUUUAGCACAUUUAAAUAAUGCUAAGGUGUUACUGAUAAGUCUCAUGUUUGGGGUUUGGUUUUUUUUUGUUUGUUUGUUUGACUCAGAGUAUUAGUACUGUAGCAUAAACCAAAUACAGCCCGGGAGGGGGUGCAGCAGCCUCCCCUCCUGGGUCUGCACCCAAGGGUGUCUGUGCGUGCACGCGUGCGGGGGGGCGAGCGAGGAGCUGGCGGUGUGUGUGCAUCUUACCUAAGGAGCGUGAGCAUGUAUUUAUUUGUGCCAUUGUUUUCAUUACACUGAGUAAAGUAAGUUGUAAAACAAAAACCCUUAAAUACGUGUAGUAUCGGAAAGUGGCACUAAGGGUGAGAUCGUGACCUAUUUUUUUAUUAGCUAUGAAGAUACUAAUUCAGGUUAAGACUUCUCUCCCGUUUCUGUUCCCGUUGUGGGUCUGAUGAGUCCCUUUCAUCCGGUUCCCUUGCCAGGUUGUCUAUUUAUUGGAGCGAGGAUUCCUGCGUGGGCAGGGGCUGUCUCCUUUCUCCUCGGGCCCUUUCCCACCGCUCUUCUGCCAGCAGGUCCUGUCUGGUGUCUCUUGUACCGCAACGCAGGCUGGAGUACGUACCGCCGGCCAGAUCCGGCACGGGGUCUGCUUUCUCUUUGGUGGAUCGGGGAGUGUUUCGUCUGCUCCAAGAGAUGAUUUAAAAACCGCUCUCUGUUCCCAGUGAUGGUGGUUCGGGGACCUUCACCCUCUGCUCCUUCCUAUUCCGCCUGUCCGGUGGCUUGGCAACGCGAUGGCUUUCAUGGUUUGGUUGGAGUUUGGUUUUGGUUUAAACCCACCUCAGUUGUCUGUGAAACAUCUCUCUUGUCUCUGUGACGGUGUGGGUAUAGCUCCAGGGCAUCCACUUCAAACCGUUGCCCUUUCUGAACCGUAAAUCCCGCUGUUUGCCUUUCAUAGCUGCUGUGAACUUCUUUGAAAUGUGGGGGAAAAAAAAAAAAAAAACAAUUCCCAUUAGGUUGCGAGUAUGCCAGCUAUUCGGCAGCUGGGAGUGGGUGACGGGUGAACCGGCUAGCUAAAUCGAAAGGAAAAUUGCUUCCUGCUAGGAAAAAAAUAGGAAAAAAAGAGAUGGAAGUUGUCCUCUCAGUUGCAUGUAUAAUUAGUACUUUUCACCUUUGAGAGAGCGUUACCAUAGCGCGAUAGCAUCCUUUCCAGAAGUGGCCAGUGGGUGACCUCAGGGACAUCUGGGAGCGAUCACAUUCACAGGCGUCUUUCAGAACUGCUGGUAGUUUUCCUGUGCGUUCAGUUUUUGCUCUUGAUUCAGCAUUUUUCAGUAAAUUGCUGUGGUGUCCAAAGCUUUCAGGAGUCUCGUCCCUAGAAGAUUUUUCUGUACAUACGUCCGUAGUGAUUUGUUUUCCUUACAGAGGCUGUUUACAAGGGAGAUGGUCGAGGUCAGGAGGGGAGAGAACAAGGCUACACCUAAUUUAAAGCUGCUACAUAUUUUCACACCCGUGCGUAAGGCAGGAGGAGGACUAGGGCUAGAGGAGCGCUAGCGUGGUGGAGUAGCUAAAGAAGCCAGAGUACUUCUAGCUUUGGCCGCCACGAGAGCUUUUUUUUCCAUGCGAAAAAACCCUAGCGCAAACAGAUGAGAAGAAGGAACCUGGGCUGGUGCAAAGGAGCAGAAGAUCUGGGUCCGUGCUGCCGGACGCGCUGCCUUCCAGAGAUUACAGAGCUUUAGACAUUUGCACAAUACGUGUUACACCACAGGGUAAAAGGCUGGCUUCCUCGUAUCCUGCUCGAGAUCCUCAAAAGCGGCAUCGCUCAGCAGCGCGACACCGAAGCGGUGGACAUCUGGGGAGGUACAGGAGAGCUCCGCGGUGGCCUUGUGUGCUUGGGGCACGAGACCCUCGGAGGCACGCUGCUGGGGGUGUCGGGCUGUGCUCCGUCCUGGGACGGCAGCAAAACUCAUCCCUGUGCUUUCACCAGGGGAUGCUGAGCUGUAUUUAUCUUGACUGUUAAUCGGAAAGCUUCGUAAAACGUGUCCAGAGCUCUAAAGCCAUUUUGUAAGAUAGCAGUGUCCCUUUUCUACAGCCUUAUUAACGAGUAGACUAUCUUUAAAAAGAAGAAAAAAAAAAAUCAACUUCAUUUCUUUCUGUGGUAUGAAACUUGUGUACUGCGAACAUAUGAACGUUUAGCAAAAACAGAACUUAGAGUUUUCUUAAAAAACAAACAAAAAACCCAACAAAAAAAAAACCUGUCUGCUUUCCAUACGGUCUUUCCUCAGGUGCUAAAUAAGGGUUCCAAAAAUGGAUACUGCUUUAGGAGUUUCUGCUUUAUUCUUAAAAUACAUAUUUUUUUUGCUUAGGUGUUGUAAAGAUAUUUUAACAAGAAUGUUUUUUUAAUGUAAAUAAGAUUGUGUCUUUAAUUUUUGUUUUAUCUCCUUUUUGUCUAUAUUGAAUAGUCUAAUUUUCCUUUUAUCCUUUUGAGAAGGACCCUCUUAUGACCUUCCUCGAAGACAUUUCAUUAAGUGUUGCUGCAUUUAAGAAUGAAUCUACAACUGUUCAUUGUCUUGGAUUAAUGCUGCUGCUGCUAUAAGUAACCCUGAAAAUCAAGAAUGUGUGAUGCACUUUUUUCUUUUUUUUCUUUUUUCUUUUUUCUUUUUUUUUACGUGACCAUGUAGUUCCUCCGCAGAUAGUUGAACCCUCCUGUAACACAGCCACUAACUGCGGGUAGCGUGGGAACCGGGGUGUAGGAGAGGGGUGUACCUGAUUUUGGUGCUGACCUACAGGAAUUUCUAUGCAAACGCAAGCAAAGGAGAACUCAACUUGAGAGAACACUGUGCUUUUUGGGUUUUGUUUGGUUCUUGGGUUUUUUUUUCUUUCUCUCCUUCCUUUUCUCAAGCUGCUAUUGGAAGGGUGGUGCAAAUCCCUGAGGUUUUCAGCUUCUCCUUCCUCCAUGGCUGGCGGUGCAGGAAAGAUGCCUGAGUAACUUGUAAGGUAGAAAAGUCUCAAGUAUUGUCUCGUCUCUGGUUUUAAUAUUUUGUUUUCUAUUUGAAUCUAUGGAAGGAAAUUGCUCAUCUCUGCAAAAAGAUCUUUUUAAUGCUUUAUCUCAAUGUGAAGUUAACCAGCAGUAUUAAAGAUUGCAUGGCCUCCUUCCUGCCGUGCCCCCAGCGCUGGGCAGUCGUAGGCUCCUUCUCCAGCCGCCCUUGGGUGCUGGGGAGCGCUCAGUGCCCGGAGUGGGAUGUUUUCUGAAAAAAAAAAAUAAAAAAAAAGCGAGCCAGACCAUCUACCCCACCGAAACCUGACGGCUGAGGCGUAAAAGCCCACGGCUUCGGGAGUGGCGGAGGGAGGUCUCGCUGCAUCGAGGUGCUGCUGCGGGGCACGGGCAGGUCCAGACCCUCUCGUCUUCAUGGGCGAGGAAUUUACUGGAGGGGGAAAAAGGGAAUUUACUUGACUGUUUAGGAAAAUAAAGUACCUCCGUAAAGUGAGGGAAGAGUAAGGAAGGUCUGAAGUCGUAUAGGAAAAAUGCUUGGGAAUUACAACUGCCUGGAAAAUAGUAUAUAAAUACUAUAGGUCAGAACUCUCUACCUGUUUAAUUAGUUUAUUCAGCAUCAAUUUUUUUUUAGCCAGCGUUUGCUUUUUUACACACACGCGCAUGUGCGUGUGUGUCCAUCUGACUAAAUGUGCCUUGCGUGCGUGCUUAGUCUUUCUGAAGAGCGUUUGUAGUGGUGUGUGAGCUGCUGGGACGUGGCGCGGGACAGCCGGGCUCCUGGCCGGCGGCAUGAUGACCGUGCCCCAUCUACAGUCAAGGGUUCGUCACUGUCCCGGUGACCCAUCGGAUCGAAAUAAGACUUGGACUCGAGCCUGCGUAGUGGCUGUCUUACAGUUUGGGGACGAUGUCCUGCGGGAUGGCACCUUUCCUUUCUGAACAUGAGCCGUUUCCUGCGACUUUAGAGGGGAGUGAGGAGGGGAGAGAAAGAAGCUGCUUUGCUGUUCUCCUGCGGACAAAAAUAAGCAUUGCGGCGCUUUGCCUGCAAAGCAAAAACGAGUGAGGGGCUGGAACCGGCUUUUCUCUGGAGUUAGGGCUCUCUGCGGCGCCGGGGACCCCAUUCCCUGGGGGAUUUAUUCCCUUCCAGGUUGUGGUUCUUGUUACUGUGGGUUUUUUUCAGUCUUUUUUUUUUUUUUUUUUUUUUGUAAAGGAGAAGUAAACACGCCUUGCUUAAAGUUAACAAAAUAGAAACGCUUAUGUUUGCAGUCAGUGAC